AUGGAGUAUAUCUUGAAUGAUAGUCUUUUUCGAGCAGCACGAGCUUCAUCUACACAAGACUUUGUCCACCACAAUCACAUACAAUCAACAAUGUCGAAGAAAUUGACAGACGAGGAGCUCCUUGCCCAGUUCGAGGAUAUCCCCUCAGCCGACGCCACAGCUCCUUCUUCAGGAAAAGCAGGAGCAGGAACAGUCGAAGAUGACGACCCGUUAGCAGAGCUCACUGCCCUGGCAGCUGCGCGUCCUGUUUCGCGCCCACAGACACCGCGUCUCUCUAGCUCUACCGCCUCGGGAACAAAAUCGAAGCCCGAGCACACUCCUCAGAGCUCAGGUCCUCCCAGUGGACGCACCAGCGAAGACCGAUCCAAGGCCCGCAAGAGCACCGAAAGCGCCCGCAGCUACCACCAGGGCCAGACUCCCAACGACCAGCCUCAACAACAGGAAGAGAAGCAGCAAGAGCAAAAAGCCCAAGCUGGCGGUUGGGGCUUCGGCGGAUGGGGAGCAAGCGUCUUCAGCGCUGCCAGUGCUGCCGUCAAGCAGGCCGAGGCAGCAGUCAAGGAGGUGCGCGGCAAUCCGGAAGUGCUCAAGUAUGCUGAGCAGCUGCGUCACAAUGUCAAUGUCGAGAGCUUGAAAGCCUACGGAGGUAAUGUGCGUAACAUGGCUCUGCCCACCUUCACCUCUCUGCUCGAGACAAUUGCUCCUCCGAUCGCCCAGCACGAGCGCCUCAUCAUCCACACCACACACGACUUGCAAGCAUACCCUUCUCUCGACCCUAUCAUCUAUGAGGUCUUUUCGCGCGUCAUGCAACAAGUCGAAGGAGGUGAUCUCCUUGUCAUCCAGCGUGGCUCGGAAUCUCGUCAACGCGGCCGCAGCUCCUCCGAGUUGGCCUACCGCGGCAAUAUCCUGGGUACAGGCAGUGGCGCAUGGACCGAUGGACCUUGGUGGCGUGAGCAGUCAACACAACGUAGCCUUGGUGCAGUCAAGGGCUUGACCGAAGGCACCAAGUUAUGUCGAGCCAACGCCGAGGCCUAUGCCACAGACUUCUUCUCUGCUCGCGGUGGCGUUGAAGAAGUCGCAAAGCAGGCGACCCAGACUCUGUCUGAAUCCAACCCUACUCGCAGCUCAGACAUCUUCCUCGCCAUCCAGCCUUUGACACAAUCUGCUGCAAAGGAGUUGUUCGCCGCAGCUCCCAAGCCCGACGAACCCAAGAGCGACGUCGUUGAGCCUGAUGCCGAAGAAGAAACUGCUUUGUUCGCCAUCUACCUCCACGAUCCUAUUCACUCUCUUUCAUUCAGCUCUCUCUCGCAAUCAUUCCCAGCACAAUGGACCCAAUGGCUAGACGCUUCAUCACCCGACCCUGAGAACCCUGAGACUUUGCCUGAAAGCAUCCGCGACAUUGUCGAGUCUGGUGGCAUCGACCCUCGCGAGUGGGUGUCUGAGUGGAUCCAGGAGACUUUGACACUUUCCAUUGGUGUUGUGGCUCAACGAUAUGUCGCGAAGAGAAUGGGUGUUGGUGAGGGUGGUAUUGGAAAGGGAAAGGCUAGACAAAGAGCAGAGGAGACCGAUGCUGCUGGUGAAGCUGCCAGAGCUAUCUAG